UUGACACCCUUUCUAUAAAGAUUACAUCUACCUACAGUUAAAGAGAGAUGUAUGAUCAUGUAUGAAUGGAUGCUUUCAUUAAGGUAAAUAAGCACAGAAUCGCGAUGAUAGGAGAUCACUGAUCAAGUAAUCGUUUAAAUUAGAGUUGCCAUGAGUACAUAAUGUUAGCAUCUAGUCAACAUAGAGUUAUGUCACUAAGGGUGGCCACAAAUAAAAUUCUUUCCAAUGUGGCCUUGGCCUAAACUUUUUCGGGCUCCUUUGACGCCGGUGGCCGUCACACGAAAAAUUAAAAUGUAUGUACGUAAAUAUGCCGGUAUGGCAUUUAGCGGUUGUGUUGUGGCCGGUGGCCCGUGUACUGCGACCCUUAUGGUUUCGCCUUACGCGUUUAUAAUCACACUCACCAAAUUUUACCAUGAUGCACUUUGGGGUAGAGUUUAUUUCCUCAGUCAUAGAUGUUGAUAAUGACGGUAUCGUAUGUAACGCAAACGUAAUAUAAUACCUAUAUGCAACUGAAAGACUGGCCUACAUAAGACGAAAGAACAAAAAGGAUUAAAUUACUUGCAUGCAUGGUUUAUUACAUGUCUCCCAUUCUUGAUCUAAUUUAAAAGCCUUUACUCAACGCAUUACGUGAAAACCGACAAGUGCGCGAAGCCUAGUAUUAGAUUAGCGUAGCCAGUUUGCGUGUUGUCACUGUCAGUGAAGAUUCGUAUCGUGAUGCAAACGCACGGGAACUUGACGGCGAGCUACCUCUGGCAGCCAGGGGAGUUCGCCCGUCGGAUGCUGGGCGAGCGCCCGUCGCCGGUGCCGCCCACCAGGGACCUCUGGCCGCCGCCGCAGCAGCCGCUGAGCAUCAGCACCCUCCACGUAGCCUACAUGCAAGAUGAACUGCCGCCCAGGAGAUCUGCUACGUUGCCGCUUCAACCUUACGCACCCAUUACCACACCAGUUGACCAAGAUCAUCCCAGACCCCGAGUAUGCACAGUUGGAACGAACACAGAUCCACCUUCUACUAUACUCUCCAGACUGAACAGUCUGUUUAAAAAGCAGGAAGAAGUACCCAUUGGCCAUCCGCCUCCCGGUCGACUCAAAGCCAUUCCAAGAGAAACGGUGCUCGACGUGAAAGAAGAUGAGAAUGCAGCUAAGAAAGCAUUCAACGGACUGAAGAAAGCUAUAUCAGGGGCAAAGUAUCGUAUCGCUCCCGGUACGGAGACGGUGGAGAGCCCAAAGAUUGUGUAUGAUAUGCCGAAACCAGGCGAUAGGAUGACGACGACUUUCGGAGCUAGAGAACCCAGACGAUGGUGGAAGUUGCCUUCGAAGGAAGCUUGCGCUCGGCGUCUCCGCGGCAUGGGCAGCUGGUGCAAGCGGCGCCCGCGACGGCCGUCCCGGCGGCAGUCGCAGCCGCCUCGGCUGCAAAUCACUCAGGUGUGACGACCCACAAGACUAGAGGACUUUAACGCCCUAAGUAAGAAUAUUGCUAGCCCUAAUCUAUCUGUGAAAAUAUCAUUGUACUAAAGAUAUAAGUGCUAACAUUUUUGUGAUUUUUUCAUUAGUGUGAUCGAAGUUUAAGUAGUGUUUCGGCUAAUAAAUGUGUUUCUGUAAUCUGUGUUUU